GUUCUUCCCAACAUGUAUUUAAAUAAUUUUAUGCUAUUUCAAACAGAUGAUCCGCAAUGAAAUGCAAAAAGAGUAUAAGGAAAGCAUUGCUCGUCUAUGUACUUCUCUUUUUAAUUCAAGAAAUAGUCACCGAAGAGUGUGGAUGGGCACAUAGAAUAGAACGCUUCUUAGCUGAGCCAGAUGCGAUGGAAGGGUCUUGGCCAUGGAUGGUGCAAAUAUUUAAACUAAAUAGUGAUGGUGAAGAAAUUCAUUCAUGUUCAGGAAGCAUGAUUUCCAGUAAACAUAUCCUAUCUAUUGCUCAAUGUUUCGACCACAAAAACUAUUCUCAGUACAAAGCAAAAAUUGGCCAUGUUGAUGAAAGAUUAGCUCCUGAAUACAAUAUUAUCCGGAUAGUUCUCCCUGAUAGCUAUGUCCUUGGCCAAUUUCACGACGACCUUGCUAUCCUGACGCUGGCGAGGAAUGUAGAUACGGAAAAUUUCAAUCCCAUCUGUUUGCCUCCUAAACAAGGAUUUGUUAACUUAACAGGACAAUAUGCUGUAGUCGUUGGCUGGGGACCUCUUGUCUCACGUGGGCCAACCUAUCCGUAUCUUAGAGAGAAAUUUGGUUUACUGGUUAUUCCCAACUCGAGGUGCCAGAAAUUUGCAGAGAACUCGAGUCACUAUAAAGAAAAAUUCCCUAGAGGUAUUGCGAAUGAAAUGAUUUGCACAGCUUCUCCUAAUGAAUGUAUAGGAGACUCUGGUAGCCCGCUUAUGUUCCAAGUAGAAGAACAAUGGUAUGUUGUUGGAGUGAAAUCAUUCGGAUGGUCUUGCGAUAAAUCUGAAUUUCCAACAGGUUACACUAGAGUGACUGAAUAUUUGAAUUGGAUAGAAAGAAACGUUCACUUUGCUUGUGGAUUGUCCCUUAAAUUAAGUAAUUCUUUAGAAAAUGGCACAGAUCGACAAGGAUCUUGGCCCUGGAUGGUGGCAAUCGAUAUGCGAAACAGACAAGGUGAAUUCUAUCCCUUAUGUUCGGGAAGUAUGAUUAGUAUGAAGCAUGCAUUAGUUCCAGCUCAUUGUUUCCCUCGUCGUGAUCCUACUCUGUAUAAAGCAAGGAUUGGAAAUGUCGAUCUCAGAUUAGCUCAAGAAUACAACAUCACCCGGAUAGUCGUCCAUGAUGAAUACGUCCGCAAUCGAUUUCGUAAUGACAUCGCUAUUCUGACCCUGGAGAAGGAUUUAGAAUCUGGAGAUUUCUAUCCUAUUUGUUUACCUCCCAGCCGUGAAUUUGUUAACUUAGAGGGGCAGAAUAACGCCGUUGUUGGUUGGGAACUUUUGUCAUUAGGAUAUGAACAUCCGGAGCUAAAAGAGUACUUUGGUAUAGAAGUCAUUGCAAAUUCGAGAUGCAAUGCAAUGUACAGCAGGAUGAUUGCCUUUAGAAGGCAAUUCCCUAGAGGUGUGGGGGAUGGAAUGAUUUGCACAGCUUCCACACAAAUAUGUUUAGUAGAAUCAGGCAGUCCAUUGAUGUACCAAGUUGAAGGUGCAUGGUAUAUUGUCGGUUUUGUUAGUUUCGGAACCUCUUGUACUGUCUCGUCUGAUUUUCCCUCAGGAUUCACUAAAGUCUCUGAAUAUUUGAACUGGAUUGAAGAAAAUAUUAAAAGCUAGAUUAACAAAUGUCUGCUAGCACAAUUUUAUAUUAUCAAGUAUUUAGAACUUAAAAUGAGAUUAAGUUAUAUAAUGUGAAUUACAUAUUAUUUUAAAAGUAGUGAAAUAAAUAAAAGAACAUCUCAAUUGC